CGCCCACUACCCAGAGCCAGAGGGAUGGUGGUAGUCACGGGGCGGGAGCCAGACAGCCGUCGCCCAGACGGUGCCAUGUCCAGCUCCGACGCCGAAGACGACUUUUUGGAGCCGGCCACCCCGACGGCCACGCAGGCUGGGCACGCUCUGCCCCUGCUGCCCCAGGAGUUUCCUGAGGUUGUCCCCCUUAACAUCGGAGGGGCUCACUUCACCACACGCCUGUCCACCCUGAGGCGCUAUGAAGACACCAUGCUGGCGGCCAUGUUCAGUGGACGGCAUUACAUCCCCACAGACUCUGAGGGCCGGUACUUCAUUGACCGAGAUGGCACACACUUUGGGGAUGUGCUGAAUUUCCUGCGCUCAGGGGACCUGCCACCCCGGGAGCGUGUGCGGGCUGUGUACAAAGAAGCCCAGUACUAUGCCAUUGGGCCCCUCCUGGAGCAGCUGGAGAAUAUGCAGCCACUGAAGGGCGAGAAGGUGCGCCAGGCAUUUCUGGGGCUCAUGCCCUAUUACAAAGACCAUUUGGAGCGGAUCGUGGAGAUUGCACGGCUGCGCGCAGUACAGCGGAAGGCCCGCUUUGCCAAGCUCAAGGUCUGUGUCUUCAAGGAGGAGAUGCCCAUCACCCCCUAUGAGUGUCCGCUUCUCAAUUCCCUGCGCUUCGAGCGGAGCGAGAGUGAUGGGCAGCUGUUUGAGCACCACUGCGAAGUGGAUGUGUCUUUCGGGCCCUGGGAGGCUGUGGCUGAUGUAUAUGACCUGCUGCACUGUCUGGUCACGGACCUCUCAGCCCAGGGUCUCACCGUGGACCACCAGUGCAUCGGUGUGUGUGACAAGCACCUUGUCAACCACUACUACUGCAAGCGCCCCAUCUAUGAGUUCAAGAUCACAUGGUGGCUAUUCUGGGAGCUGAUUGAGCCUUGUGCCUCAGGCUGUCCUGGGUCGGUUGCUGGAGAACUGGGAAAUAGACAUUAGAAAAACAUGGAGCAGAUAGAGAGUAUGGAUGGGUGUGUGAUCUUGGUCUAAGCUGGAUCCUGAAGAGGUUAAGACAAACAACAACAACAACAACAAGAAAAAUCCUACUCAUACUGAGGAUUGAGUAAAAAUUUCAAUUAUUGUCCUCUCACAUACCUGCUGUCCACAUUUGAUUCUAACAUAAGUGGUUAAGCUUUCUUGGGGACUGUUCGGCUGGGGCUCUUGCAUGAAGGCGGUGUCUGUUGCAUGGUCCUUGAAAGAGAGGCUUUCUUCUUCUGAAGGUGGACUGUUGGGCUGGCCUGGAAGGGGCACUUUUUGGAAUUCUGGAAGAAACAUCUAUGUGUAUAUAUAUUAAUAUAUUAAGUGGGGAAGGGUGGGUUGGCAGAGGUUUGAGGGAGGUGGGGACUGGGUAUAGGAACAGGCAGUCACCGCUUCUGGAACGUGGGCCCAUUGUCUUCCUUCUGUAUGGUGUUGGGUUUAUGUACACAGCAUAACACUUCCAUGUUCAUUCAUGUACCUGUCUGGGUGCUUGGUGCAUGGAGCCUAGUAUCCUCAGAUGGCAUUAAAGUCAAGAACUAGAACCUG